AUGAGUAACUAUAUAUAUAAUAUUUUAUUUAUCAAAAUCUCUAAUGCAUUUAUAGAUGAAAAGUAAAACAACUUUAAACUUAUAAAGGAUCAAGAUUUAAUUUCUAAACUGCUGCAGAAAGAGGAUUGGCUAAAGAAGAUCAGUAUGUUCCAAAAUUAAUAAAUUAGAAUGAACCUGAUAUAGUUUUUCCAUCCUUUAUUCUCCCUAAUCAGUCUAAUGCAUUAAAUAUAUCAGUGUAAUUAACUAGAAAAAAAAAUUCUGAAAGUUAUUCACCUGAACAAUAAACCAAAGUAUUAAAUGAGUCUUAGAUGACGAAAUUUAUCCAACCCUAAAAAGAUACAAAAACAUAGCCAGCUUAAGAUAUACAAUUCAACACUCAUUAAUCUAUUCAAUUUUAGGAGCUAAGUGAUGAAAAUUUGGGAUUUCAUCAUAAUUUCCUUCAUGAAUAGCCCACUGAAUAAAAUCUUGAUAAAAGAUUUAUCACAAACUAAAGCUACUUUUCAUAGAACUAAUUUUACUUAAAUCAUUCACCUAGAAAGCGGCAAUUUUCUUUUCAAAUAAAUUAAAAUUUAAAAAGCUUAGAUUUUACAAUAGAAAAUGAAGAUCCAUAUGAUGUAGAAUAAAGCAUUUCAUACAUACUUAAAAAUACAAAUAACUCUGUAUCUAAAGAACUCAAAAAAGAUGUGGAUGAAACUUCUUUAGAUACAAAAUAAGUUAUUAACUAAACCAUAUUGAAUCCUUAAAACUAAGAAUAGUUAUAAAUAAAAAGAAAUAAAUUUAAAACAUAUAUUUUACUUGUUAGGGCAGUAUUUAGAAUUGUGAUAUUAGUUAGGUAUAAUUAAUUGAAAUAUAAAAUUGUAGACCUAAAAAAUAAUUAUGGUUAUAGAAUUAGAAAUUAUUUUUUUAACUAAGCAAAAUGUUUAAGUUUAAGGAUAAAUUAGUCCAGAAUAAAAUAAAACAAUGGACUCAAAUAUCUUUAACAAAAGUUCUUUCUGUAUUAAGAUUUUAAACUCUUAAAUAAUGGAAUUUUAUUGUAAUAUUUUUAUUAACAAUAUAGGAAGGUAAUCUCUAAGAUUUCUAAAAAGACUUGGCUAUAACUAAUUUUUUAAAUUUAUGCUCUCAUCUUAUCUCCAAUCUUGAAAUAACUACACAAUCUAACUCUUUUUUAUCAGAACUUGGAUAUUAAUCAUAUUUAGAAUAAUUUGUUGAAUAUAGAUAAACAUAUAACAUAUUUGUAACUAAAAGAACUAAGUAUCUAUAACAUAAAUACUCUAAAAUAACACCUAAAGAAAAGGCUAUGAUUGCUACAGAGUGUGUAAUAAUGAAUAAUUUUAUCCCAAAUUUAGUCUUACUUACUGAAAAUAAAAAAAUAUUUAACUCAGAUGAUCAAAAUAUCUAAUUUUUGAUUCGUGGAUUUAUAAGCAUUCUUCAAUAAUUAUUCAUUAUAACAUUUUCAGAUAUUCCAGAGGUUUAAAAACAUGAUAAUUAAUUUUAAUAUUAAUAAAUGCAAAUAGGAAAAAAUAAAUAAGGGAUGAUUUUGGUACCAAUUCAAACUGAUAUAGAAGAAUUUUUUAAAGGAACAUUUAAAAGUGAUUAAUUAAGAUUGAUAUUUGAAAGACGAAGUUGGUAUUCUAAUUUAAUCAAAAAAUUUAAAAAAGUUGUACACAAUAUAUACUAGCAUAAAAUAAAAGAAAUAUGA